GUCUGCAUGGGCGGUGAUGGGCAACGGGUAGGCACAUGUAGGAUUUUGUGCUUUUGCGACUCACCAACAAACAAACUCACACGGCUUCACUGAAAAUUCUAACCUCCCCGCAAAUUCCCGGCAAGGCCGGAACAAACACGAAGCUUUCGCGCUCAAGGCCCAAACAAGGGGGACUAAGUAGCCAUACUUGUCGCAAUACUCAGCUCAAGACAAAAAUGUCAGAAGAGCUGCAAGACGAGGUCGAAGCCCUCAACUCCAUCUACGGCGACGGCACGCUCUCGCCCUCGGGCGACCCGGACAUCUACAUCCUCCAACUCCCCGGUGGCAACAGCAACGGCGACGGCGACCUACCCUCCUCAUCCACAGCGCCGGCAGCAGAAGACAGGCCGUCCCUGCGCCUGCGCCUCCCCGCGUCGUACCCGGACGAGCCCCCCGCGGUGCUGGGGACCCACAGCUCGGGCGGCCGGGCCCCGGGCGCCGCCGCCCGCCAUCUCGCGCUGUUCCGCCAGGCCCUGGGCGCCGCAUACCAGCCGGGCGCCGUCUGCCUGUUUGACGCGCUCGAGGAGCUGGCCCGGCUGCGCGAGGACGAGGAUGCCGCCAUCGCCGCAGCAGCCGCCGCCGAGGAGGAGGAGGAGGAGGACGGCGACAAUGACGGCGGCCACGAGGAAGAACGGCGCGCACCAGCACAGCGCGGGCCAGAAGCGCCGCCAUCACCACCGCCAACAGCAGCAGCACUGUUGGAGCCGCCGCCGUGGGUGACGUCGGACCCGAUCGUGGAGAUGCGGUCGACCUUCAUCGCGCGGUGCGCGCGCGUCACGUCGCCGGCGCAGGCGGCGUCCUUCGUGGCGCACCUGCUGGCGACGGACCGACAGGCGCGGGCGGCGACGCACAACAUGACGGCGUGGCGGAUCCGGGGCGCGGGCGGCACCGGCACGACGUUCCAGGACUGCGACGACGACGGCGAGCAGGCCGCGGGGGGCCGGCUGCUGCACCUCAUGCAGCUCAUGGACCUGUGGGACGUCAUGGUGGUCGUGUCGAGGUGGUACGGCGGCAAGAAGCUGGGCCCCCGCCGCUUCGCCGUCAUCAACCAGGCCGCCAGGGACGUCUUUGUCAGGGCCGGGCUGGUGCCCGAGUCCGGCGCGGCCAAGAAAAAGGGGCACAAGUGAGGGCGUGAGGCAGCAAUCAGGCGUCUUUGGGAUGCUCGGUGGGCCUUGAAACACGCUGGCUACCUACCUAUAUGCUACAAUGGGCAGUCUCGCAGUCAAGUCUCCAAACCCCUGGGCUCCUGUUUUGAUUCUUGUUCUCGGCAUUUACAUAUCCAAGAUUGUGGCGCACUCAACGGCAUCUAUUUUCUAGCGCCAUGGGCUAUAUCCCAUCUCUUCUUCCGACAUUGACUUGCUGCUUUUCCCACGCCUUGGAUAUUGAAUGAUUUCAGAGUCAAUUUUCCCCCGCGCGCCCUUACUAGACACCCACCACCUACUUCUUCACCAGCAGCGGCCUCAAUAUCUCGAGCGCCUUCUCGGACUGCUCGCGCGGCAGGAUCACGGCGCCGGCCCGGGCCGUCGACAGGUACGACAGCUCGGGCAGCAGCGGCGAGUUGAGCGCCUGCUCGCGGCGCGCCGCCUCGGCCUCGUCCUCGCCGACCAUCUCGCGCACGACGCGGCCGGCGACGCCCGACACGAUGCCCGUGGCCUCGAACGGCAGGGCCGCCAGGUCCAGGAAGAUGGGCACCAGGUCGCCCUCGGUGUAGCCCAUGACCGAGUCGCCAAAGAGCGGCAGCAGCGUCUUGUCCAGCAGCAGCGACGGCGGGUCGUCCUGCGCCAGCGUCACCGAUAGGAACCGCGGCCGCGACGCCAGGGCCGCCACGAGACAUGCGUACAGCCGUGUGUCCACCGCGUCGGCCCAC